GCCUUGCUUCAAGUCCAGUGUCCAAAAUGAAGUUCAAUCCGUUUGUGACCUCAGACCGCAGCAAGAACCGCAAACGACACUUUAAUGCACCUUCUCACAUUCGAAGGAAAAUCAUGUCCUCCCCGCUCUCCAAGGAGCUGCGGCAGAAAUACAACGUCCGCUCUAUGCCCAUUCGAAAGGAUGAUGAAGUUCAGGUUGUCCGGGGGCAUUACAAGGGACAGCAGAUCGGCAAGGUGGUCCAGGUGUACAGAAAAAAAUAUGUCAUCUAUAUUGAACGUGUUCAGCGUGAGAAGGCUAAUGGCACAACUGUCCAUGUGGGAAUCCAUCCCAGCAAGGUGGUGAUCACUAGGCUAAAACUGGACAAAGAUCGCAAAAAGAUCUUGGAGCGUAAAGCAAAAUCUCGCCAGGUUGGCAAGGAGAAGGGCAAAUACAAGGAAGAAACGAUUGAAAAGAUGCAAGAAUAGAUGGUCUCCUGUUUGAUACCAUUAAAGAACUGCUAAAAUUAAAC